AUGGGGGAUUCAACGACAGAUGUGACGCCAGCCAGAAGGCGGCCUCCCACUUUCCAGAGGGCAUUGGUCUCCGGUGCAAUCUCAGGUCUAGCGGUAGAUUUCAUGUUCUUCCCUCUAGACACCAUCAAGACUCGUAUACAGUCUUCAGCGGGGUUCUGGCAAUCGGGAGGGUUCAAAGGUGUCUACCGGGGUGUAGGUAGUGUAGGUAUGGGAAGUGCACCUGGAGCCGCAGCAUUCUUCGUGACCUAUGAAGCUCUCAAGCAGCGUCUACCUCAAUACCAACUAUUCAAGCAGAACGAAUCGCUCAAUCAUAUGGUUUCAGCCUCUGGAGCAGAGUACAUCUCAUGUUUGAUCAGAGUACCCACGGAGGUAGUGAAAUCACGUACGCAGACGGGCGCAUAUGGUCAGGGGAAAAGUAGUAUACAUUCUGCUAUUUCCACUAUGAAAUUCGAGGGUGUAAGAGGUUUUUACAGAGGUUUUGGAAUAACCAUAGCUAGAGAGCUUCCAUUCACAUCAAUCCAAUUCCCAUUAUACGAAUCGCUAAAAUCUCUCUUAUCGAAGCAUUACCUAGGAGGUAGGAGACCAACUUCUUAUGAAGCAGCUAUAUGCGGUUCGAUAGCUGGGGGCUUUGCUGCGGGAGUAACGACGCCUUUGGAUGUGGUGAAGACUAGGGUGAUGUUGGAAGCUAGGACCUCAACCCAACAACCCAUCAAUGGUGUACCCCCACCCAACCAACCUUCCCCAUCUAUCCUCUCCUUCCCACCUCGUCUACUGGGUAUACUGAGGAACGAAGGACCCUCAGCAUUGUUCAGGGGCUGGCAACCACGUUGCUUUGCCAUAUCAUUAGGAGGAGCGGUAUUCUUGGGUAUAUAUGAUCUGGCGAUCAAUUUCGGGGUGGAUGAGGAUGGGAAAUCGAAGGAAGUGAAAUUGUCAUAA